GUUUCCACGUCUAAGGGGAGUAUAUCACAUUUCUAUAAUCUGAAGGUUAUAGUUCCCCGCGCUUAUAUACUAGGCAGUGAAGAAUACUAUGCUCAAACUGGGACAGCAAUAUCUCUCGUCUGCAUUAUAGAAGAUACCUUGGAGCCACCGCAGUUUGUUUUCUGGUAUCACAAUAAUAAGAUUAUUUCUUAUGAUACAAGACGAACAAAAGUAUCAUUCGAUUCAGGGAGUAGAACUAAGAAGACCAGUACUCGGUUAUUGAUCAGCAGUGCCCUACUGGAGGAUGGUGGAAACUAUACUUGUGGAAGCGCAAACGCUGAAAAAGGGAUGGUUACGGUAUAUGUCUCAGAUGGAGAGAUGAGAAUGCAUGUUCGGAACGGAGCUAGACUACUUUAUCUUUCCAUUCCAAUCUUUUUUCUUCUUCUGAUUUUCGAUUUUUUUUGUAGAUCUUUCUGUUUCAAAGCAAACAAUUGAAUGUUUCAUUUCCAUUCCUUCAAGAAUCAAGAAAUCCAACAAGGUCCCCCAUCCCAUCAUUUUCUGGAUCUUCCGGACGUCAUUUUUACCUAUAACCUUUAUAAAGCUUUUCCUAACUGAGGGAAAUUCUUCAUCUUUUACUUUAAAAAGCAAAGGAUUCAAUAUUAAGGACCAAAAGGAUUGUUUACCAUGUUUCAAAAUACCAAUAAUUUUAACGAGAAUCACCACUAAAAGAUGUUCCUGAUGGCCAGGAAUGUUCAAGUUUGUAUGUCAAAUGCGUAUUAAAAAAAUUCAGGUUUAAAAUAAAGGAAUUGAGUCUUUGCCGCCACAAACUCGAAUUUUU